CGAAUCAUGGACGGCGGAACACCACGACCAGUGGUUAUCAGUAAUCCGCAGGCGACGACCGUGGUGUGCAACCUCAUGACCACGACGAGCCCGCGUCUCACGCCAACGGGGAAGAUCAGUCACGCGAAGACCCGGGUGUAUACGCAACGCUAUAGGAAAGAAUGGGAGCAAAUGCAGGAUUUCAAAGGGUUGAUCUCGCUUGGUUGCAAAAUUCAUUCAUUGGAGUAGCGAGUAGAAUAGCGCUCGAUUGACCAAUCAGAAUAAAAGAUUUUCUUAUCCUGAUCGAACACUAUUCUGUUUCAAGGGAAAUUUUGAAACGUGAUCCUCACGGAUCAAUCGACUUCGCCGAUGAAUUGAUUCAUGGAUUGACUUUCAUCGAUUUGGGUUGCGUUCAAUUUAUUGGAGUAGUGGCACUCGAUUGACCAAUCAGAGUAGGAAACGUGAAUUUGUCCUGAUUGGAUUGAUCGAGCGCAAUUCUAUUCCAAAGAGUAAAUUUUGGGAAGGCGAUCUCGAUUGAUUUUCCAUUCUUUCCAUCUCGUAUUCGUCACGACGUCAAAAGAAAGAGAUGAACGAUUUGGUUAAUUUAGACUAGUAUUAAUAUAUAUUAUACGUUGGUAUACUCGUUAGUAUCCCAUUUUGUUCGCAUUGGAACUUUUUUUGCUUUUUAUCAUGUAGAAACUAGUUGUAUCUAGAAACUCAAAUAGAAACUUGAUAUUAGAGGAAAUCUAGUUAAAGAUCGAAGAUUGAAUAUUUAGCUUUAUUAUUGAAUUCGCAAACUUUUUGAUUUUAUUCUAAGAAAAUGAUUGGCUAUUGCGCGGACAAUUGUACAGAUUUAAUUGUCAAAAGAUUUUUGAUGAGAAGUUUUUCUAAGUAAUGAAUGGGGAGAAUAUUAUAGUUGCUGAUGAUAUUUGGGGAUGGCUGACCUCAGUGCCACAUCAACCAACUCGUGCCUACUGCAACUAUUGCAAGAAGAAUUUGCAUGCGCAUCGUCUGUCGCUGCUAAAACAUACAUGUACGAUGAAGCAUCAGCGCGCGGCUUUAACGUACAAAGAAGAAAAGAAGAAUUCUCGGAAGUGGGAUGCGAACGCACUCGAAGUGGGUCUUACUGAGGAAGUUGAGGCUGUGGAUGAUCCUCAGUCAGAAGGAGAUGAAGAGAAUGAAGAAGAUAAUGAUGAUUUUGUUGUUGAAACACUAGACAUAGAUGAGGAAGAAGAAAUAGAAAUACAAGAUGUUAAAGAGGAAGCUGAAGAAAUAAUUGAUGAUGAAGAAAUAAUGGAUGAUGAAGAAGAGACAGAGAAAGAAAUAGUUACCGAUUUGUAUACACAAUUGCAAUCCGAUGAUGAAGAAAUGAAACCUGUAGCAAAGAAAACCAAAUUAUCCAAUCAAAAAUGUCGGGAUACAUUGGCUGAAGCAAUGGCUCAUGUUCAUAACGAAUAUCUCGAAGAGGAAGUCGAGGAUCAGGGAGAUGUACAAAUGGAAAUGAUAGUAGAGUCAGCUAAUCCAGAUAUACCUGUUCUUUCUGACGCAGCAGACAAUGCCAAAGAAACUUUGAAGGAGAAUGAAAAGAUGGAAAUUAGAUCUGAUAUGAAAUCGACAAUUCUCCAGGAAGAUAUUAAAUCUGAUUUAAUCGUGACUUCUACGGGUCUAUUGCCGGUAUUGGACACGACUUAUACAAACAUCUCAUCAACACCGCCUCAAAAUAUCAAUCUUUUGCCGAUUGCACCUAAUCUUAAAAAUAAUAAAACUAUUACCUUGAUGUGUGGAAACAAAACGUUUACUUUAACCGGUGGUACGUUCCAACCGGGCACACAAUACGUGUUAACUAAACUCAAGGGUAAGCCAUUAAUGAUGGCCGAUCAGAAAAAGACCAUUGCAAUAUCUGAAUCGAACAAGAUCAAAAAAACGAGUCCACCUAUUUCCACUAGCCAAUCUCCGACUGUUCCUAGUACUAGCCAGCAGCCAAUUAUUAGUACUAAUCAACAGUCAACUGUUGCUAGUAUCAAAGGACUGUCAUCUAAGAAAGUUGUUUUAGGGAAACAACCAAUAAAAUCUACUACAACGAAAAAAUUACGUAUUUCCACUUACGUUGUGGACAACACAAAAGGAAUUCCCGUUAGUGGUUUACAAGUCAGUUUAUAUAAACUGAUGGAUGGAAAAUGGACUUUCUUGAAUGAGAGCAAUACAAAUGCAGAAGGCUACUGUGUCGAUUUAAUGGAGAAGGUAAAUUGCACAAUUGGCCGUUAUAAGAUUCAUUUUGAUGUCGAUAAGUACUUCACAUUGCGAAGAAUAGAAACUAUGUAUCCCUUUGUGGAAAUCGUAUUCGACGUGAAAAAUCCAAAUGGUCACUAUCACAUGCCACUUUUAUUGAGUCCAUUUGGUUACUCGACUUAUCGCGGCACCUAAAGUACAAUUUUUUAUCGAACAUAUACUUUUACAAUAUAAACAAAUUGCAAGCGAAGAUUUUGCGAUUUGUAUUGCUCGCAUUGCGAGAAUGUGAUUAUCUUCACAAUAAGUAUAAUAUAAUUGACAUUUAUCAUA